AUGGCUAGUACUCUUCAAGAUUUAGAAGUCAAUGAAUUAUCGUCGAACAUUCCACGUCGUUCAAAUAAAAAAAUACGGAAACGGAAACAAUUGGACAGUUUAUUGAAAUUUCGCCCGGCUAAGAAACGUUCCGAUGAUAUUCUCCGCAGUUCUGAAGAUGAAUUAUUUUUACCUGAACAAAAACUUUCCAUCUCUCGACACACAUCUCGACAUUCUUCAUUGUGUAAAUAUUCACAAUGCAUCAUAUCCAUUUUUACUCUCUGUACUUUCCUCAGUAUUUGUAUUGGUUUGAUUUAUGCAAAUAUUCAAUUGAAAAGCCAUGUUCAAGAUCUGUCAGUUCGUAUCAAUGCAAUGGAGAAGAGAUACUCAGAAACGGAUCUUAGUGAUGCUUUGAUAACGAUCGAGCAAUUGAGAAAUCGUUUGAAUAUGUUGGAACAUUGGAAUCUUUCGCUGAUUUCUAAUCAAUUACAAAAGCUACAACUGAAUAUGUUACUGAAUGAGAAAGAUAUUCUCCCAUCGAAGAGUCGGAACUUAGAAAGAAGAAGAAAGUUUGAUGCAAACGCACAUAUUCUCAAUUGGAAUGAUGAAAUCAAUUCUCUACGGAAUCAAGCUCAAACUGUCGAUUACACUGCACAGUUUCAAGGAUUGAAGAAAAAUUUCGUUGAUUUAUCUUCUUUUGUAUAUAUUUCAUCCAAUAGGACAACAAAGAUUUUAACUGAACUUGAAUUGAAUCUUGAUGAAUUACGAAAUAAACUCGACGAUUGUCAAUGCAUAUCCAAUAGUUCGUUAAACUCAACCACGAAUGUGAAUGAUAAACAGAAUGAAGGUGAAUUAAUGUCAGUCAAACGACGUCAGCUAUUUGUCGGUGUACUUGACAACAAAUUUUGGACAAAUGAAAAACUACGGGCAUAUUUUAUCAAACAUGGGACCAUGAAUGACAAUCAAUACAUUCUCGAUUGUCAAGUCAUGUCAUAUAGUGAAGCGAGAUUCGCAGGAAAAUCGUUUGCAUUUAUUGAAUUUAAUGAUCAGGCGUGUGUAGAUUUAUGUAUGAGUAAAAGAUCUCAAUUUCAUGAUGAGUAUGGAAUUACUAUCAAACGCUUACUGCCGGAUUCAAUUACAAAAUGUCAGAGACUCAUAUCUUCGCCGGAAAUCGUCAUUCGACUCAGUUCACCAGAUUCUUUGUUUACGGAUGAAAAUCUUCGGUCGUAUUUCGGUACAUAUGGGACAAUUCGUGAUUUGAAAAUACUCGACGAAGAAGAUACAGCUGGAAUCUGUUUGAUCACAUUCGAUGAUGUCGAUUCAUCCGAUCGUGUUCUUCUCGAUGUACCACAUUAUCUCAAUGAGAAACUUCUCUCAAUACAUAAAUAUUCGACGCCAGAAUAUGUGUGUAGUUUGUCUCAAUACACCUAUAUCGAUGAAAAAGAUGCGUAUAGAGUGCGGCGAUGGUAUCCAAUCCUCCGAAAUUUAACCGACUUUGUACGCCCGAUUACUGUUUUGUAUAAAACUCGGUAUGCGCUGACGAAAUAUCAAUUUGGAGAACAGAUUCGUGCAAGUCGAGAGAAUUUGAAUGCGAAAAGAGAAAGUUUAGUCGAAGUUGAAAACGCACAUAAUGAUGUGAAACAAAAUUGUAAUCAAUUGCGGAAAGUGAACGAAAAUUUAAGACAACAAAUUGCAGAUAUUCAAGAGAAAAAUGAGAAAAUGAAAGCGGACUAUGAGUAUCAAAUCGAAGAACAACAAAGAAAAAAUCAAGAAUUACAAGAUGCCAUUUCGUAUCUACGAGAUAAUUCGGUUGCAUAA